UUUUGCAAAUGGAACCUGAAUCGAUUCUCGACUUUCAUACCGAACAGGAAGAAAUUCUGGCGGCUCGUGCUCGAUCGGUGUCCCGAGAGAAUCAGAUUAGUCUAGCCAUUGUUCUAGUUGGAUCAGAGGAUCGGAGAGAAAUCAAGGAAGGAAUUGAAAUUCUUGAAGAUGUAGUCAGUGAUACUGCUCAUAGUGAAGAUUCGAGAGUUUGUGUUCAUUAUCUUGCUCUUGCACACGCUCGUCUUAAGAACUACGACAAAUCAAUCAAUUUGCUCAAUGCUCUUCUCCGAACCGAACCAUCAAACAUGCAAGCUACGGAACUUCGUAGAGCUGUUGAAAAGAAAAUGAAACGUGAAGGUCUUCUGGGACUUGGAUUGCUCGGCGGUGCAGUAGCUGUAGUUGGAGGUCUUGUCAUUGCCGGACUUGCUUUCAGGAAAUGAUUUUUUGGAGCAAAUCUGGACAGUCAAACAUCACUCUAAUUGUUUAUGAAAAUAUGGUGCCAAUAAAUUACAUAUAAUUC